AUGGCUCUCAGAUUCAGAACUUGCCAGUGUGUCUUCUUCAUCUUCCCCGUGGGGGGGAAAAAAGGUCUCAUUAUUUCUCUCACAAGGCGCAUCAGCGCAGGAGAGACAGAAUGCGGCGGGCGUCUCCACAUCCCAAGAGCUCAGUGUUCAGACAACUGUUUCCCCGGCUACAGGAAGAUACUAAAGCCUGGUGCUCACUCCUGCUGCUAUGACUGUGUCCCAUGUCCUGAAGGAGAGAUCUCCAAUACAACUGACGAUAAAAAUUGCAUCCAAUGCCCAGAAAUGGAAUGGCCGAAUAUUAGGAGGACUAAGUGUAUUGCAAAAACAGAAGAAUUUCUCCCAUAUACUAAUGAUGUUAUUUCUAUUAUUUUGUCCUUAAUCUCUGUAUUUUUUUUUCUUGUUACUGUACUAUUAUUGGGAGUUUUCUUUACAUACCGGGACACCCCCAUAGUGAGAGCCAAUAACAGGAUUCUCAGCUUCCUCCUCCUUGUCUCCAUCAAGCUGAGCUUCCUCAGUGUGUUUCUGUUCCUCGGUCGCCCUGUGGAUAUAACCUGCAUGCUGCGUAACAUCACUUUUGGAAUCACCUUCUCCAUAGCUGUCUCUUCUCUCCUGGCCAAGACUAUCAUGGUUUGUGUUGCUUUCAAAGCCACCAAGCCAGGGAGCUCAUGGAGAAAAUGGGUGGGAGUCAAACUGUCCAAUUCUGUAGUCUUGUUCUGCUCAUCCAUUCAAAUAAUAAUCUGCAUGACUUGGUUGUCCAUUUCUCCUCCCUUUCAGGAACUGGACCUUCACACUUACCCUGGAACCAUCAUCAUUCAGUGCAAUGAGGGCUCAGCUAUUGGCUUUUACUCAGUUAUUGGGUAUAUGGGGCUUCUGGCAGCUGUUAGUUUUGUUUUAGCAUUUUUAGCUCGGACAUUACCGGACAGUUUUAAUGAGGCCAAGUACAUCACUUUCAGCAUGUUGCUCUUCUGCAGUGUUUGGAUCACAAUGAUCCCGGCCUAUCUGAGCACCAAAGGCAAAAACACUGUGUGUGUGGAGAUAUUUGCCAUACUCACCUCAAGUGCUGGACUUUUAUUCUGUAUAUUUCUGCCCAAAUGUUAUAUCAUUUUGUUUAGACCUGAAAUGAACACAAAGACAAAUUUACUUGAAAUUAAGAACAAAAAAGUUUGCAGUACUAUUGUGUCAUCACGAUCUCACCAUCAACAAAGUAAUAACACCUGA